CAUUAUGUAAUAGCUGUUGAUCCAAGGCACUUGCUCCCUGCAUGCGAUCAAGCACUGACCAACAGUGAGUUUUACGGAGCGGCGGGAUCUAAAACUCAUCCGAUGCCUGUCAUUUUUGCAUUUUUCAUCACUCAACUACCUGAGUGAUGCCAACGAGACCUCGUCCCAGCGCAGCGGCGGCUUUCACGAAUGCAGCGCAUGAAUAUUAUCUCGAGCAGCACGCUACUUCGGAAGUUUUGCAUGGCAAAGUGUGAUGACCCAUGCACGGCAGAGGAACUCUUUAUGUGGAUAUAAGAGUGAAUCUGCGGACCAAGUGAGCUGUCAGACAACUAUGGACAGAACUUGGCCAGAAAAGAAGGCUAAAAGAUGUUCUACCCAAAGAGGAAAAGGUAAGGAGGUAAAAGGAAAGGCCGCUGAGAGAGACCGGAAGCUGUACCCUCUCAGGGGACGACAUGGAUUGGGUGAAGUAAGCGCGCUUAACUGCUGUGUCGUAUUGACACGCUUGGACCAGAGCGAAACGUGUAGGAACGGCAUGAAGGCUCAGGUGAAGGAAAUGCAUGGGAAGGCGAAAAUCUGCAAGUGCCGCAAGAAAGCCUGUAAGACUUGCUGGUCAACGCCUGAACAAAAAAGCAAAGUGAAACCUUAUAAAUCUGCCUUACACACAGAAUUAAUCCUCGAACCUCGCCAAAGGCGGCUGGCCUCUCUGAACGCAGAAGCCGUUAACAGUCUGCUGUUGGACAGAGAGGACCCCCAGCAGACAUCAAAACACUCAAAGAAGAAGCAACAGACAAAAGGAGACACUUCGCUCUCUAAAGACACAACAAAAGAUAAUGAUUGUUCCAGAAAAGGCCAAGACAACCGGAAACGUGUUUGCGCUGGAGAGACCGAACAAUGUCGAAACCCAAAAAAAGCAAAGACGGAGUCUGACGCUAUUGAUCUGCAGACUUUAAACAGUCCCGCUCCCAAACGUCUGGCAGGUUUAAAUGCGGCCGCCCUGCUCAAGCUGACCAGCACGUCCUCGGGAGUGAAGCGCAGGGUUAAAACAGACGGAGCAGUGCGAGGGAAGCAACUACAGUUAAAAUCGCAUAAACAGCAGCACAAUUUGGCCUGUCAGUCCAAAUUAAAAGUAUCGCAGCAAUGCUGCAGCCUCUGCGAGAAGCAGGCCCUCCACACUGAGGCAUUGUGGGAUGGGAGCACAGGAAGCCAUGGCUUUAUUAACCCCGGAUAUCAGUGCAGAUCCAUGCUCGGCUAUCCCCUCAAGCCUGUGAAGGAAGAGAAAACAGAGACUGAUGUGAAAUCAUAUUACUGCUGUUCCCAGGAGAGAUCAGUGGAGUACUGCCAUAGACUAGCCCUGUUCCUCGGCCAGAAAACCUUCCCGGAAACUGAUGAACAUUCUCUGAAGGGAUUUAUUCCUUCUCCUCACACCCUGACGCAUCCAGCAAUGCCCAUCGGUGCCCAUUCUUAUCCCUGUUACCCUGGGUACUACGUCCACAUCGCUCAUCACGGGACUCCAACGCUUCCCGUAAGCUCAAAUCCAGGGAGCCAUGUGGCCUCAUCUGUACCCCCGCUGACAAUGUGCACUAGUGGGGUCCAGAGACCCAAACUGCUGCCCUCUUCGGUGUCCCAUCCUACGGGGAUCCCUCAUCCGGCGUACUGUAACUCUGUGGGCACCUGUUAUGGAGAGGCCUGCAGGCUCAGCAGCUAUGGCUACAGACCCACACAACCCAUCACUAGCAGGGGCUGCUCGUACAACGCAGGAUGCUCCAGCUGCAUGCACAAAGUGGAAACAGAAGACUACUCUUACCCCCUGGAUGACCACAGCUCGUCCAUCACGAUGCCUUCUGCCCUGCCUCUGUCCAUCUGCCCCAUAUCCAGUGUGCCUCCACCCACCCAGUCAGUGCCCCACCUGCAGACGCCUCUUCCCGAUGCCGGUCGACCCCAGGUGCAAAUUAGAGUGGGACGGGAAUGCCCUCAGAGGGCCAAGCCACCCAGUGGCUCUCGUUCUGGGGUGCAGGAGUCUGCUGUUUGCCCCCACAUUAAGGAUGGCCAGCUGGGAGCGGGCCAUGGCAGCGGCGCUGCCAAGCAGUCGAAGAUCAGCCGUCGCCGGGCAACAAACGGCUGGCUGCCUGUUGGUGUGGCAGCAGAAAAGGAAGUAUUCAUCGUGGCUGAGGACUCCACAUCCCUGCGCAGGUGCUAUGAAGCAGUGCAGAGAGAUGGAGAGGUGAUCCGGGUCAGAGACACAGUGCUACUGCGCUCAGGUCCCAGGAAGAAGUCCUUGCCUUAUGUGGCCAAAGUCUCUGCCUUCUGGGAAGACCCUGAGUCAGGGGAGCUGAUGAUGAGCUUGUUUUGGUACUACCGCCCAGAACACACUCAGGGGGGUCGCAAUCCCAGCAUGCACUGUGAGAAUGAGAUUUUCGCAUCUCGGCAUCAGGAUGAAAACAGUGUGGCUUGUAUCGAGGAUAAGUGCUAUGUGUUGACAUUAGCACAGUACUGUAGAUUUUGUGCCUUGGUGAAGUGUCGUGAGGAGGGCUUUCCCAGACUUAACUCCCUGGUCCCUCCUUCCAGCUAUGUAAUUCCAGCUCAUCGUUGCGUGCCCAACGACAUCGACCCCGACUUGGUGUUCGUCUGCCGCCACGUUUACGACUUCCGCUACGGCCGUCUGCUGAAAAACCUGCAGUAGGUCUGAAUGGAGCCAUACACUGAAACCAGAAUCCAAAACGUUGUGACACAAUCAAAGCCCUAUCAACUGGAUGGCCACAAGUCUUUAGGGAGUUGUUGUUAUUUUCUGUUUUCCCUUUAGGAUAAAUGCUCUUGGCGUAGCACUUCUGAAAAAAGUUUCAACUGUUAUCCCUUGUGACUUUAUAGAAUGGCAUUCUGAGCACAACUACCUUGAGUUCAAAGGUACCGAUCGCCAAAAUGUGAUUUUUCACGCCAUGAAUUUGAUUAUUUAUUUUUGCAGUUAUCUUUUAUAUUUGCUGAAUGAGUGUAAAAAGAUGAAGAAAUUAAUGCAGGUACAUUAAGAAUUACCUUGAAUUAUGGAAUAGAGUUCUAAUGUUCUCUCUUUGGAAGUAAACGCACCCUAAUCUGUAGAUUGAAGGCUAAAAUAUUUAUUUUUACAUAAAUUGAACACAAGCUCCGUCUUUUAGGAGGCACCAAUCAGUUUGAUCCACAACGCAAUGGCCAGUCAUUCAUUCAGUCAUCCUAACAGGGGGUGGGGAAUCACAGAAUUAUCGUGGCGGACCAAAUAUCCCAGAAUGCAUUUGGUUAACUUAACAUUCUGUUGAUCGACCAAUGAGUAAUGAGCUUUCAUCCUCCCGUCGCCCAUCAUGACUUGCCUUAUAUCCAACACAGAGGUUCCCCGUUUUCUGCCUUCCCAGCAAACCAAAGGUUAUCACGCCACUCCUUAACAUCCACCUUCGCGACUUCAUUAGUUUGCACUAAAACUUAUCAUUCACCGAGUCAGCAGUCUGACUCACCUGCUACUGAUCUCCAAUGCAGGAAAAUACUGUGUAUUUGUUGUACGUGUACAAAGAGAUACGAGAAAACUCGCUAACUGUCAGUUACAAAUGUGAAUGGACAAACUUUCUGGCGCGCGCAGGCCUGCUUUCAACAUGUGCCCUUUGCUUCUCGUCCUACAUGGUAGUUUUGUUACAAGAUCGCUAAUUACGAUAUGAGAAAGCUGUUUUAUAUGGUCUGUUUGUGCCUUUAAAUAGUUAACAGUCUGCUAUGUGAAGAAAUACUGGGUGGGUGACUGGUUUUGUUUUUCUUCAAGCCUCUUCACUUUUUUGGCCUGCUUGUUAUGCACCACGAUGUUAUCCGUGCUAAAACGCAUUGAUAAGAUUGUCUGAUCGCACUAUGCUGACCUUCACACUUCCCUGUUUUGGACUUGUUUUUUUUUGAGGACUUUACAAAAGAUGGAAAAGUUAAAGAGUGAUAUUGUACUCAAAAAGGUGAAACUCCGAUGGAUUAGGAGACAUGUUUGUUUUUUUUGUUUGUUUUUUUACAUCAAGAUAAUUUGUCUUAGGUUAACAACUUUUUUUGUGUUCAGAUAUGCUUUAAAGGUAUUCUUGAAUCCAUUCCUUUCAUGUUAUUGAGAUCUGAGUGAAUAUUAAUCAGUCAUUGUGAUGAAGAUGAGAUAUGAUUUUUGUCAUUUGGUAGUUAUAAUCCCUUUGCAUAGCCUAUAUAUAUAUAUAAAUAUAUAUCAUGCCCAACUUCAGUAGUGUUGACCAAAAUAUACAAUACAAAAAAAACAGAAGUGAAAUAAUCUCGUCCUGAUCUUCCGUUUAGUUUUUUUGAGUUAUCGCAGUAAAUGUCAUCUCCUAGCAUCAGAAAUGCCAGUUUAGACGUGUUAAUCCCAUAGCGGUUUCGCGGAACAUUUAAGCAGAGCUCUUUUUGCUUUGGUUGGUGGUGUGGUUAAGUAGACUCCUUAAUGGUUGCUGUUUGUGUGAAGUUGAUGUAUUUUUGAAAUGUAUACUUCGCUGGCAGAAUGUUCUGGAUGGCAGAUACAUCAUGUGUACCAAAACAAGGAGAGAAGGAGAGGCUUGCAUUCAUUCCUCUGUAUACAAAACUAACCAUGAAUUCCAAGCUCUUUGCUCCUUUGAUGAAUGGCUGUUUGUGUGUAUGUGGGCGAGCGUGUCUAUACAAAUAUAUAUAUAUUUCAGUGCAGCAUGGAAGUACUGGGCAUUCUUUGAAAUAAUAGAUCUAGCACAGCGCAUUUGUAUUAUUUAAGAUAGAAAUGUAUAUUAUAAGAGGAACAUAUUUAAAAGGAAUAAAUAAUAUAUGAGCAUCAA